GUCGCGGACAGUCCUGUGUUUGUUGUUCUUUUUGCUGGGCAGGGGGUGGUCGCCGCAUGCGUGGGAUCUUCCAGUGACAGGGAGUAGGUUGCGGGUUGCCUUACAGCUAUAAACACCGCGGAGCCCCCUUUGACCAUGAUGUUUGGAAGUCUGCGGGAGCGGCUGCUCAGUGUGCAGCAGGACUUCACCAGCGGGCUAAAGAGUUUAGGGGAUAAGUCAAGAGAAGUGAAAAUAAAAAAGCAAUACAGGCCAGCUGAACAGCUCUCAAAGUUUCCUGCUGGAGCAGAACUCCUUAACAGGUAUGAAGAUAACUGGGCUGCACUCCACAAAGUAGCCCGAGAAUGUGCUAUAGCUGGAGAGCAGGUAGAUGGGGAGUUGGUGAUGCUAUCAGCACACUGGGAGAAAAAGAGGAAUAGUCUUGUAGAACUACAGGAACAGUUGCAACAAGUGCCAGGGUUUAUAGCAGAUUUGGAAUCAGUUACUGCAAAACUAGUUGCACUGGAAGGAUGCUUUGAAGAUGUUGAAAGAAACUUGUUGGAACUGGAGGAUCUGUGUGAACAGUGUGAAUUACAGAGAUUUAAACACGUGCAAUACAUGCAGCUAGAGCAAUAUAAAAAAAGUAAAAGGAAAGAGCUGGAGAACUUUAAAGCUGAGCUGGAUGCAGAGCAUACUCAGAGGGUGUUGGAUAUGGAGCAUGCCCAGCAGAUGAAGCUGAAAGAGAGACAGAAGUUCUUUGAAGAAGCUUUCCAACAAGAUAUGGAGCAGUAUCUUUCUUCUGGCUAUUUGCAGAUAUCGGAAAGAAGAGAGCCCAUUGGAAGUAUGUCGUCCAUGGAAGUCAAUGUGGACAUGCUGGAGCAGAUGGACCUGAUGGACAUGUCUGACCAAGAAGCUCUUGAUGUUUUCUUGAAUUCCGGAGCGGAAGAGAACAGUGUUCUUUCUCCUAUGAUCGGUACUGUUGGCUUAAAUUCUGUCACGUUAUACCUUAUACCUUUAGGAACAAAUAGGUCCAGUGCUUUAUGUUUAAACAACAUUCAUUUUGGGGGGAUUCAUAAUUCUGGAGACCAAACUCAAGCUAUAACAGUGGUCUAAGAUAUUUCAUAAUAUACUGACGAGAUGUGAAUACAAUUUUCAUCAUUCAAAGUUUUGCAUUUUCAUUUACAGUCCUUACAGGGGCAAUAUACUCCCUUGUUCAACAUUAGUUCAAUAAACAGGGCUGAAUGUACUUUUUUCAAACAAAAAAAAAAUCUGUGUUCUUUUAAUUUUUUAAGAUAAACAGACUGAAGCUCCUCUAUGUUUGGUCCUUGCAAGGCAGAUAAUUAGAUUUCUAGAGCACAGGUAAUCCCCUUGCAAAAUAGAAUCUCACCAACAAAACAGUCACAACAAAGGGGGAGGGGUUGUGUAUAUAUGUAUAUAUAUUAGUUUCUAAUUAUCUACUUUACAAUGUAACCAAUCCAAAACAUAAAGUAGCUUUCGUUUUAGCUCAAAAAGUAACAAAAAACAUAUUUGGUGUGAUUAAAACAAUAGGCAAAAGAAUGUUCGGCACAGGUACGAUUCAUUAAACCUAUCUUAAACAAGGGGGAAUACUGACAUUUUAAUGUAACUAAUCUUAAUACACUAAACUAGGGUUGUAGAAGUGUUUUCUUUAAGGGAAUUUCAAAUCAUUUUUGUAUAUAAUGUAUCAUGCACACCAUUGGCCGUCAUUUAAUGUAUUUACUUUAAGUAUUAAAAGGAAAUAAUAAAACUUGCGUAUUUCUGUAUUGAUUAUCACAUAUUCUGUUAAAGUACUUAAUCAUGUAUACAAUUGGUUAUAUUUUACCUUCUUGCACACUUGCUGAUCACAUGUCCAUUUAAAAUGCCAGAUAAAUUCAAAAGGGAUCCAUCGUUAAUUAGAAAAAAGUCUUAUUUUAAUCACUGUGAAUAAAUAUGUUGUUUUACCACA